AUGGCACAAAAUAACGAUGUUAAGGAACAAAAUAAUUCUGAAUACACAAAACUCCUCCAUAGAAUGUAUGCUCAACAGGCAACAGAGAGUACGAACGCAUAUAGUACACAAUCACUAAGAGGAACUGAAUCGAUCAUUCAGUCUGACAACAACAAUAUUCUUCAACAGAGUAGUAGUAUUCUAACCACGCAAACUAGUUCAUGUGUCAUGGCUGGAUCUCAAAGUCAACCUGCAAGUUCCAAUACCUUAGUAUUUAGUCAAAUGUAUCAAGAAAGUAUUUCCACUUCACAAGUGCCUAAUGGCUUGCAAGUACCUUCACAGCAACAAAACGUCAUGCAAACUGCGCAAAACUCACCAUAUUUUAAGGCUAAACCUCUUCAUAAUGACAAUUCUCAAAGGAACGUUAGUCUGGGCCACAUUGAAAACAAUAUACCAAAGUUAAGCAAUAUUCAAUCAAAUAUGACAAUUUCACCAAAGAAUUCUAACGCUUACACAAAAACAGUCGAAUUACCAGAAAGGAAAACCGAGGAAUCCCGUUUUCGUGUAGCAGAAUUUGUUGUAGAUCUACUUGAUUCGGUACCUGGCGAAGAAAGAUUUUAUAAUAAUUUGUCAACAAAUUUGAAGGAAAAGUUUUAUGCACAAAAAAUCAAUCGUAUGAAUUCGAUCAAUAACGUGUCACAUGAUAAUAUGUCAAAAGUUAGGAAGCGUGAGGUGAUAGAAAUAAACGAAAAUGAUAAUUGGAUUGCAGAAAGGGAUCACAUUUUGAAAACAUAUCCGCAUAAAUUGAUGAGGAAGAAGCCAAGAUCCAGGGCGUCUCGUAAACUUAGUACUGAUGGUUAUCUAUCUUCAGAUAUCGAAUUUAUCUAA